AUGGGGAAUAUUUCAAGCAAUGGAACUAAUGGGACUGCAACUUAUUCUGAUGUAUUCCGAUACGCCGGCAUAGCAGCUAGUCCUUUAUCAGCCAUAGGCCUAUUAGCCAAUUUGUUUAUGCUUAUGGUCCUAAGUAAUCGGUUUCACUUUAGCAAAACGACAUAUAAUUUAAUACGGGUCUCAGUUAUAUCAGAUAGCAUUUCAUGCUUCACAUCGGCAGCAUGUUAUAUCUUGAUGGUCGUAUAUAGAUUAGAUGUUAACGACGGCAGAAUCGUUUGUCGUACGAUUAUUUUUACAACAAUGACAUCCUAUGGAAUAUCAAUGAUGACCUUGGCAAUUAUAGCUAUUGAUCGUUACUUCGCUGUUGUUAGGCCGUUUUUAUCAGUUUAUCAUUCUAAAAAAUCACGAAUUAUUUUAUUCAGUGAAAUUCAAGUUUGGAUUAUAUCAGCAGCUGUAUGUGUGCCCCUCUUAUUUUAUGUUAAUGUCUACCCUGACGAUCCCAUAUUUUGCGAUUUUCCUGAAGUUACUUUGAAUAAAUCAAUUUACCUCUUUGUAUUUACACUUAUAUUAUAUUUUAUACCAUCAACCGCGAUAAUAAUUACAUAUUGGAGAAUUAUUAUGCAUCAAAGGCAAAGUAUUCGGCCAGGUUACAUUAGUGACGAAAGACGCUAUCGUGAUGAAACUAAGAAGAAAAAAUUUAUUGGUGUUCUUACUAGCAUUGCCUCAUCUUAUCUGUUGACUACUUGGCCAUUUUUUGUCGCAAUUUUGAGCAUGGCUAUAAAGCAAGUCUCCGGUCGAAAUUUGGUCAAAAACAAUCUUACGCUCUUUCUUUUAUUGUUUUACUCUAUGACAGUUACACUUAGUAUUACCAUUAUGAGUCCAUUCUUAUACAUUAAAUUUGAUAAAAAUAUUAGAGCUGAAUCUUUCAGGAUUUUUAAGCGUUGCUGUUGCAAGUCUCUUUCUGAAAAUAAUUCAGUAAUUUUAAUUUCUAGUGCAAAACAUUAUCAUUCAGAUCAUCUGUCUCCUAUAGUGACAAUCAAAGAUUCGAAACUUAAUUAA